AUGGCGCACUCACACGACGGUGUUAGCCACUCUCACGCCGGAGGAGACCAUGGCCACACCCAUGAAAUUCUCCAUGGCCCCGGGUCUUUCCUCGGCCGCGAAAUGCCUAUCGUCGAAGGUCGAGACUUCACGGAACGCGCAUUUACUGUAGGCAUUGGUGGGCCAGUAGGGUCCGGCAAGACAGCGCUGAUGCUCGCCCUCUGCCUUGCUCUGCGAGACAAGUACAACAUAGCUGCCGUAACCAAUGACAUCUUCACGCGGGAGGACUGUGAGUUCCUGACUCGUCACAAAGCGUUGCCAGCCGAGAGAAUACGAGCAAUCGAGACUGGAGGCUGCCCUCAUGCUGCGGUUCGAGAAGAUAUCAGUGCCAAUCUGGCUGCUCUAACAGACCUUCAUCGCGAGUUUGGCACGCAGAUACUACUCAUCGAGAGUGGUGGCGACAACCUCGCUGCAAAUUACAGCCGAGAGCUAGCUGACUUCAUAAUCUACGUGAUCGACGUCAGUGGAGGCGACAAGAUCCCGCGAAAGGGCGGACCAGGCAUUACGCAGAGUGACCUGCUCAUUGUCAACAAGACCGACUUGGCGGAGAUCGUUGGCGCAGACCUGGGCGUGAUGGACAGAGACGCACGGAAGAUGCGAGAAGGGGGACCAACCAUUUUCGCGCAGGUUAAGAACGGGAAAGGUAUGGAUCACAUUGUUGACCUUAUCCUGAGCGCCUGGAAAAGCUGUGGCGCAGCGGCGGCAAGCACGACAAACGGUGCAUCGUGA